GGAGUAAAUGGGCGAAUUUAAUGCUACAAAUAAGGUCCAGGUUGUAAAAAGCGAAAGUCAUCCUUUAAGUUUGGGUUUAGUUCAUCACACCUGGAUGCUUCUUAUCACUGAGAUCACAUGAAAUUAAAGGUGUUAUGUUGGGUUUCAGUGGAGGGUCGAGUGUUUAAAUGGUCUUAAAGGUCCAGUUUAGCACCGAGACUGGAAGAACAUUAAUGAUUUUCAAACUAGGAGGAUCUCUUUACCUGAAGUAGAGAAGUAUGAAUCUGUAGUAGUAUGAGUACAUGUUGGUGCCUCUUACACACCUGCAGGUGUUUGUAUGUCAGGACAGGAUUAUUAGACACGAAUAGAUCAUGAUGUUCUAUGAUGCAAAGGGACGUUUGAUGUAGACUUAAAGGCUGGUUUGUAAAUAAAGGUUUCUUUACCUAUUAAAAUGAAAUGUGGUGUUCGUGAAAGCCUCCCAGUACAUGCUGGGAUGGGCUCCAUUCACCAGUGACCCUGUGCUGGAAUACUCGUGUAGAGAAUGGACAGAAAGACAAAUGGAUGAGGCUGUUUGAAGAGAGAACAGGUUGGACCGGCAGCUGCGUCGCCCGCCUCACUCGUCUUUUGUUGUGGAAACAGUGAGGAUCAGCCGGCAGGAUCAGACUGUAUCAGCUCACAACAACGUUCGAAUCCAGGACACAGCCGGUGUGUUUCUGUCAGACACAGAGAGGAAACACUGUGAUCAGCUUCAGGAAACAGCAGCCUGGCUGAAAAACGUCGUGUCAGAUCAGCAGCAGUCAGUUAUGUCAGUAUUCAUCUAUGAAGUCAUUAAACCAAUAAUGUCAUGACUGUCAGUCAACACUUGAACAUGUCAGAAACUGCUGCCUGCGAGAUCAGGAGGAAAAAGGAAAGAAGUGAGUGUGGUCAGUUACAGACCACCAUUAACAUACAAAAGACUGAUUCACCCACACAAACAAACAAAAACAUAUUUUUAUGCUCACCUUCAUUGCAGAUUGACUGUUGGAUUUAAGAUAUUUACUUUUACUCAGAUCUUCAAACAUUACAUAAAACAACCCACGGUGAGAUCUGUGGAUUAUACAGAGCAAAGGCUUCCUGCUGCACUGCAGUUCAAUUCUUAAAUCAGUUUCUUUUAAUACUACAUACACCAUAAAUGAAAUUAUGUGGGAGGGGGCUUGAAUCUCACGGACUGAGGGCACAUAAAAUUAAAGCUAUUGACAUGGACGGGCUCCAUCAAACAAAAUAAUAAUAAUUUUAAAAAGUGUGGAAUUGUGGAUUUGACGCUUUUAAUUUGAAGAAUGCAGACAGGAAGUGUUUUCGAGGAAAACAGGCCGAGAUGCCGCUUUUAUUCUGAAGAAUUUAGACCGGAACUCCUACUGUUGCUACGAGAGGAAGCGGAAGCAGGAGCACAGAGCAGCAGUUAGCAUAGUUUGUUUGAUUUAUUAGCAGAAAAGAGCUUUCAGACAGUUGUUUUAAACGUCUGUCUUGUGUUUGACAGUCAGACAUGAGCGUCACUUUGGAUAUAAGACUGAAAAGAGCAAACAAAGUUUACCAUGAAGGGGAGGCGGUGGCCGGUGUCAUCGUGCUGCUGUGUAAGGAGGCGCUGCAGCAUCACGGCAUCUCUCUGAGCAUGGAGGGCCUGGUGAACCUGCAGCUCAGCUCCAAGAGCGUCGGCGUCUUCGAGGCUUUCUACAACUCUGUCAAGCCCAUCCAGCUCAUCAGCUGCAACAUCGACGUGGCCAAAGCAGGAAAAGUCCCAGCAGGCAAGACUGAGAUCCCCUUCGAGUUCCCCCUGAACAUCAAGGGCAACAAGGUGCUGUACGAAACGUACCACGGCGUCUUCGUCAACAUUCAGUACUCCCUCCGCUGUGACAUGAAGCGCUCUCUGCUGGCCAAAGACCUGAGCAGGAACUGCGAGUUCAUCGUUCACUGUCAGCCUCAGAAAGCUAAGGUUGUUCCCACUCCGGUUAACUUCACCAUCACUCCCGACACCCUGCAGAACGUCCGCGAGAGGAGUUCGCUCCCAAAGUUUCUCAUCAGAGGCCAUUUAGACGCCACCACCUGCGUGAUCAGCCAGCCGCUGACCGGCGAGCUGGUGGUGGAGCACUCGGACGUUCCCAUCAAGAGUAUCGAGCUGCAGCUGGUGCGCGUGGAGACGUGCGGCUGCGCCGAAGGUUACGCCAGAGACGCCACGGAGAUCCAGAACAUCCAGAUAGCCGAAGGCGACGUCUGCCACGGCCUCCCCGUUCCCAUCUACAUGGUGUUCCCCCGGCUGUUCACCUGCCCCACGCUGGAGACCACCAACUUCAAAGUGGAGUUCGAGGUCAACAUCGUCAUCGUGCUUCACGAUGAUCACCUGAUCACAGAGAACUUCCCUCUGAAGCUGUGCAGAGUCUGAACCGUUUCCUGCAGAGGCCACGAUCCAGCCGACACCUGGGCUCGUCUCCCGGGUGAUAAAACCGGCUCACGGCGGCUGCGGGGAAAACGAACGACUCGAGGUCCACCAACGUGCUUUUCUUUUCCCGAGCUUUCAUUCUGUCACACAGGCUGUGUCCUGAAUCAGUCCCCUUUUACCAAAUCUGAGCCGUGUUAACCCUCCACCACUCUGUGCUCGGUCCUCGAAGCCCAGGACUGAGCCAAAGACUCGAGUCCAUGGCAGGCAAAUUCUGUUAAAGGUCAUCCAGACAGACAGGGGGCAGCACUUCACCACAGUAACUGCUGCUCACCCUACCUUCAUUAGCUCAGUUAGCUGCGCAGCUAGCGGCUCUAUUAACUGGAGUCUGCCCCGACUAAGGGCUCAGAGACAGCAGAACCGGAUCAGGACUGGACUGAACUGAACCUCAGAGACUGAAGGAAGCCGGUCUGACGAAGAGGAGAACAGCUGCCAGGACUGAGACUGAUGACAGAGACGAGCUCAAACACAAGACUUGUUGUUUAUUCAAAGUAUAAAUUGGUGAAUAAAUGUCUGAACAUGUAAAUGAUAAAACUCGAGCACUCUGUGCUCAUUUAGAUCUUAAUGGAACGAGUGAUUAAAAAAAUAAGAUAAAAGCAGAACUGAGGAGGAAGAGGAGGGCUGAAGACAUCACAGGGCCUGGCGCCUCCUGCCGGGCAGCACGGGGAAGUCUUCGGGUAGCAGGGCGUGGUCUCUGCAGGUGGGACAGGUCCUCUUCUCCUUCAGCCACGGCCGGAUGCACUGAACACAAACAGAAGGCGUUGGGACCCCGCCCUCAGACACACCUGAACCUGAACCCCAGCAGCCGGUUCACUCACCUCCUCGUGGAAGCUGUGUCUGCACUCCAGCACAAACAUGCUGUCUGGACUCAUGUCGUCGUGACAGAUGAUGCAGGGAUCCUCCACGUUCAGCUGGAACAGAGUGUCAGAGUCAGACCAGGGUGGGGGCCGCUGAGGGCCACACUUUGAUUUCACGUCAGUUGAAUCUUCUGUAUUAAUUCUCUGUUGACUCUGAAUAAAAUCUGAUUUGUUACUCUGGA